UAGGCCGUCCGUGCGUAGAGCUCAGUAAUCUUUCCAGCGUGUAGCUAACAGCAUCGUUGCAAAGUGAAUUCCGCGGACUAGUGAGAAUGGAUUACCUGCCACUAGUCCUGGCAGCUGUGGCCGUGUUUACAGCCUUCUACUAUUACGCACGCAGGGGCCUAGACUUUUUCAAGAAGCAUGACAUUCCGCACAUUCCACCACAACCCCUUUUCGGAAACAUGGCUAGUUUUGUUCUUAGAAAAGACACAAUAGCGGGCCUGGUCCAAAAAAUCUACAACUCUUACACUGAAGCGAAAUAUGUCGGUUGCUACGAGUUCAGCAAUCCCAUCGUGAUACUGCGGGACAUCGAUCUCAUUAAAUCCAUCACCAUAAAGAAUUUUGAAACGUUCAUAGACCAUCGGUCCUUCGCGAACAAGAAUCAGGACCCGCUGCUCGGCGGUAUGCUGUUUUCAUUGAAGGGUGACGAGUGGAAGGAGUCGAGAAACCAGGUAUCGCCCACUUUCACGUCCAGCAAACUAAAGGCGAUGUUCACUCUAAUGUCGGACGUCGCAGUAUACUUCACGGAUUAUCUGUACAGGCUGCCGGAGAAGGAGCGAGAGCUCGAGCUGAAGACCUUGCUCACAAAAUUCACGAACGACCUGAUCUCCACUUGUGUGUUUGGAAUCGCCGUGAACUCGAUUGAGAAUCCUAAGAACACACUCUAUGUGAACGGAAUGAAGGCUACAAACUUUAGCGGGACCGUGCAGAACCUGAAGUUUCAGCUACUGAGAAACUGGCCGUCGUUGGCGAAGCUGCUGGAUAUCAAGUUCGUCUCGUCCAAACUAGCGAAAUACUUCGAGAACUUGAUUGUGGACAAUAUGAACCAGAGGGACGCGAACGGUAUAUAUAGACCCGACAUGCUGCAGUAUCUGAUGGAGGCGAGCAAAAAGAACAAGGCCGAAAGACAAUUAACCACCGAAGACAUAACCAGUCAUGCGUUCAGCUUCUUCUUCGGUGGUUACGACACCGUGGCGUCUCAGGCUUGCUUGAUUGUACACGAUCUAGUCGAGCACCCUGAAGCCCAAGAGAGAUUGCAGCAGGAAAUCGACCAGGUGCUAGAGAAAACAAACGGGCAUGUGACUUACGAGGAGAUAAUAGGCAUGGAAUACUUGGACGCGCUGUUGAAUGAGUCGAUGAGGCUUCACCCGGCUGCUAUUUUCUUGGACAGGGUGUGCGUGAAGGACUUCGAACUGCCACCAGCGCUACCUGGCGAAAAACCCUUCACUCUUAAAAAGGGAAUGAACGUCUGGAUCCCAGUUCACGCGAUUCAAACCGAUCCCAAACACUUCGAGGAUCCUGACAAGUUUAAUCCGGAACGAUUCCUUCAGGAUGGCAAGAGGAUCGCGAGUUCUGGCACGUUCAUACCCUUCGGAAUGGGACCAAGAAUCUGCAUAGGCAAUAGAUUCGCAUUGUUGGAGAUAAAAAUCCUACUUUUUCAUCUUUUCGCUCGUUGUAACAUGGUGCCGUGUUCGAGAACAAAUAUACCGUUUAAAAUGGCCAAAGGCGUACUUGCUAUCACGGCUGCAAAUGGAUUCUGGUUGAAGGUCGAACCGAGGAAACAUGUUAGCUCAUUUGUGAACAAUGUUGCGGCUAAUGGAACGUGCAAAACGGAAUGAGAGAUUAGUCGGUUAUGGUUUUGACUGUGCCCUCGACCGUUAGUUUAUAUUUUACAUAUAUUUUGAUGGACAACUUGUGUACGAUGCUACAGGCCUGUAAAUAUGUAUGUGUAAUAAUGAUGAUACGGGAAGUUCAGAAGACCAAUGUGAUAAGAAAGAUAAGAUUACAACGAGGAUAUAAGAGAUUUCGAUUACGACACACAUUUUAGUAUGGAAAGCAUGAGUUUUGCAUAUGCAUAAAACAAAUAAACUUCCAAUAUUAC